AAUAGAAGAAGAUUUUAAACCUAAAUACAAAUAAUAACAAAUGUUAGUUGUUGAAAGUUACAUUGAAUUAUCUUAAUUUUGUCACAAUGGAGAAUUAUAAAAAAGGCAUAAACGUCGAAGAACCCUUAAAACGUGAAAAUAUACCCAUAAAAAAUCUGCCAGCAAACUUUAUAUGGAUGCAAGUGAGAGGUGGUACCAAAAUAAGAAAUGUUUUAGCUCACGCCUUAAAUGAAUUCCCCGAGAAACAGUCUGUGGUGUGGACUGGAUUUGGUACGUCAGUGGGUAAAGCUAUUACUUGUGCAGAACUGAUGAAGCGUGAGUGCGGAAACAAACUAUAUCAGAUCACUAAACUAUGCUACAGGACAGUUGAGGAGUAUUGGGAUCCAUUUUUUCCAGAACUGGACCAGAUUGUUGUAAAAAGAAAACUUCCAAUGAUUCACAUUUUUUUGUCAGUUGAUCCUUUGGAUUCAAAAGAAGAUGGUUAUCAAGCCCCUGGAGUAUUCAUAUCUUAUAAAUCUCAUGAUCCAAAGGUGAAGAAAAAUAAUAAGCAGACUCAUAGAAAGGCACACAAUGGUAACAAAAAAACUAAUGUCAAUAAUAAAGCUUCAGGAACAUCAUAGGAAACACCCAAUAUGCCAUUAUCUGUUCAUAUUGCAAACUACUGUGAUAUUGAAAAAAUAAAAUUUUUUAAAUCUUA